GCAUUAAUUCCGACGUUUUAAAAAGUGGAGUUGGAAAACUAGCUGAAAUUACACAACCAUUUGUUCCUCUAAUUAGUCCUGUAUUUAUAAUUGUAUCGGAAGCAGUGAAGAUUUAUGAAAAUGCUAAGCAUAACAAAAAUAUUUGUGCUUCACUAUUGAUGAGAGUUAAUAUUGCAAGGACCAAUAAGAAAUAUGCAUUGGCAAAUUCAGUCCAUGAAACUUUUAUACAAUUGAUUUCCGAAUUCGAUAAAAGCAUGGAUGAUUUACAUUUCAUGAUAACUAUUUCUAAUGAACAACAAAGAAAAUUAGACCAAGAAAACCUCAAUUAUGACAUUGAAGAAAUGAAACAGUCGCAUAUCAACACAGUUAUUAACAAAGUGCAAAUUAUUAAUAAGAAGGUGGAUCAUUUAAUUCAUGAUCCUAUUAAUAAUAUGAUAAACUUUAAAGCAGUUAAAAUUAAUCCAAAAGAGUUAGAUGAUCUUCCCAACACAGAAACAAAAAAAUCUAUUGUUAAAAAGUUAUACCGAGUGAAUGAUGUUGCUUGCAAAUUUACAAACAUCAUAGACAACGAGACAUCAGGAA